AUGGAUAAUAAUAGGACACCUAGAGAAAUUAGAAUUUUAGACCCAGAAAACUUAAAUUUUGGAGAAGAUGAGUUAGAAUUAGACAAUGAAAAUGGAAUCCAAGAAGAAAAUCAAGAACCACCUGUUGUAGGUACACAAAGAAAAGAAAUGGAACUUAGGUCCGAUGUAUGGAAAAAUUUUGAUAGGGUAAAAAAGUUACAUCAAGGAGCUAUGAAAAAAAGAGCUAUUUGUAAAAUUUGUAAAUGUGAAUUUGUCGGUGAUCCCAGUGCUGGUAAUAGUCAUUUAAAAAUGCACAUGCAGACCAAACAUUCUAACGGAAAUGACGCUACACAGUCACAAAUAAAUGUUAGUACUAGUUCCAUAUCAAGUUUCAAAUACUCCCAAAAAUCAAUGAGGGAGGGAUUGGCCAUAUACGUAGCAGGAGCAGAACAACCUUUUACUUUUGCUGCAGAUGCUAGAUUAGAAAGAUGGAUCAAAAAUUAUGUUCAACCAGGAUUUUCUAGUGUAAGUAGAAAUACUAAUAGAAGUGAUGUUUCUAAUGUUUUUAUUUCACAAAAACAAUUGUUAAAGACUGAAUUCCACAAUCACGUUGGUGCGAUUUCUUUUACUUCGGAUAUGUGGACUGGGGUUAAUGAUUUAGGAUUUUUAUCACUUACUGCACAUUAUGUUGAUCCCACAUCUUGGGUGAUGCACAAAAGAAUUAUUGCACUUCGUAUGAUACCAUUUCCUCACACAGAGCUUGAAAUAUAUAAAUGCAUAUCAUCUAUAUUUACUGAGUAUAACAUUUCAAACAAAUGUUUUAGCAUUACUUUUGAUAAUCAUUCAGCUAAUACAAAUGCGAUCGAUAAUUUUAAACGUGCAUGA